UGUUUAAAGUCGUGUGGGUCCGGUUAUCUCCUCGCUCCACAGCAAACAUGUUUGGUGGUCGCAUCAUUUUUGGAGUCCUUUUAGCAGGGUUUCUCUGCCUCUCUCUGGUCUCUACGGACACUUGUCGUUCUGGAGGGAUGCCGGGUUUUCCAGGUAUACCUGGAUUUCCUGGACGUGAUGGAAGGGAAGGGAUGAAGGGAGAGAAAGGACAUCCUGGGAUUCCUCUUAAACCUGAAGAAACCAGGAAAAAGGGGGAAAAAGGAGAACCUGGAAUCAGAGGAAUUCCUGGAAAGAGAGGUCCCCAGGGGGAUUUUGGCAUAAUGGGACCACCCGGCCCCCUAGGAGAGCCAGGGGAACCAGGCAAUUCGGAAGCUUCCAGAUCUCAUCUGCAGUCUGCAUUCAGUGUUGCCCGUGCAACAAGAAACAAUCCCGAGUCAAACUCUCUGAUACGCUUUGGUCGUGUUAUCACUGAUAUCAGUGAGGAUUUCAGUAUUACAGAGCACAAAUUUGUAUGUAAAAUUCCUGGCACUUAUUAUUUUGUGUUUCAUGCAUCGUCCAGUGAAAAACAUCUGUGUGUAAACCUAAUUCAUGAUGAGAAGAAGCUAGCUGUUUUCUGUGACCACAUGCAAAAGGGCAACCAGCAGGUGAGCUCUGGUGGGCUAGCGAUUUAUCUGAAAAAAAAUGAGAAAGUCUGGCUGACGACAGGCACCUAUAAUGGCCUGUUUGCAGAAGGGGAGAAAGCAGACAGUGUUUUCUCAGGUUUCCUGAUUCAUGCAGAAAAACAGGCAUUUAUCUUCAUGUCUGCACAUACGGUGCUGCAGCUUACUAUUCUGUUGUUGCUGGUGGCUUCCUCUGAGUCAGAUAUAUGUGAUGGCAGCAGGGGUUUCUCUGGAAGACCAGGUAUUCCAGGAGUUCCUGGUACUGAUGGGAAGGAUGGUGCAAAAGGAGAAAUGGGAGAUCCAGGUGAGGAUGCAGUGCCGAUAAGUGGGCCAAAAGGUGACCCUGGAAUAUCUGGACUCCCAGGCAGGCCUGGUGAGAAGGGAGACAACGGACUACAAGGUCCACCAGGGCCAAUGGGACCAAAGGGAGAGAUGGGAGAGUUUACCGGGGUUGAUACUGCAAAUCAGUAUUUUGUUUUCUCUUACAAAAAAAGUUCUAGGUUACAGAGAGUUCUUCCAGACAAAUUAAUCACCUUUGAAAUCCCACUGAUCUCCGAGGCAGGUGCUGUCUUUGAUGGUGAAGGAUACUUACAGGUGAAAAAAGCUGGCAUGUAUUACAUCAGCUACCACAUUUCAUCCAAUAAUCUUGUCUGCCUAAAGAUUCAGGUAGGGGAGGAAGAGAAGGUCAGGUUCUGCGAUUCACCUGGGAUGAUAAUGGUAACUGCAGGAUCUGUGGUACUGCCAUUGAAAACUAAGGAUAAAGUGUCUGUACAGGCAACUGCAACAAGCUCUAUCUUCAGUAGAGACACUGACUGCACUCUUACAGGCUUCAUGCUCUUCCCAAUGAAUGAAUAAUAUGAUUUUGCUCUUGUAUUUACUCUUCCUUAGACUAACUUGCAACCAUUGUUUGGGAAUAUCCAAUGUUAUUGUAGAUUAAAUCUAUACGGUAUCAUA